GACAGUGCCGCUCGUAGUGCUCCAUCAACGACAAGUUCAGCUUCAACCUCAGCUGGUAAAUUAGCUCUCUAUCCAAGCAAGGUAUCAGCUCGGAGUACUUCAUAUCACAGAUCUACAAUCAAACACGCCAACACUCUCCAACAUCAAACGACAUCCAAAUCCGCCAAUUCGAGGAAAAACGGAACUGAACUUACCGGAAUGGUUCUGGGUAGUUCCAGAUUCUGGAGGGAGUCAUCGUCGAAGUGCUGGGGACCGGGCAGUGAACCGAGGACCGGGUCAGAGCCGUCGCGGCGGAGGGAUUCUGGGUCCGAUCCGGGCGCGAAGGAAGAGCCGUAG